AUGCUAGACAACCCCUCCCUCAUCUAUGAGGGCCCCGAUGACCACAACCACACGCUGGCGCGGCCGCGUGCUCCGCUGGUCCUGCUGCACGACGGCGGCGGCACCACCUUCAGCUACCACUUGCUGGACCCGAUGGACCGACCCGUGUGGGCUAUUUAUAAUGCGCGCCUCGACGAGGGCGGCUAUUGGGAGGGCGGCAUCCCGCAGAUGGCGGCCCACUACAUCGAGCUGAUCGGGGGCGUGUUGCCGGAGGGCGGGGAGAUACUAUUGGGGGGCUGGUCCCUAGGCGGCAUGCUAGCCCUAGAAAUGGCCUGGCAGCUCGCCAACCGCCCUCCUCCCACCACCACCAGCAAACCGCGCUUCACCGUGAUCGGCAUGAUCUUCAUCGACAGCGUGUACCCGAAGCGGCUGGGCGAGCUGCGGGGCAACGCCAUGCCGUCGCCGUCGGCGCAGCCGAUUGUCAAGACGGCCGAGGAACUGAAGGCCAUGAAGCUCCGCGAGAAGGUCGACCUCAACAUGACGCAUGCGCGCUUGAUGGUCGGCCGCUGGGAGAUGCCGGACUGGCCCGGGCGCGAGGGCGAGGUCCCGCCUACGGUGCUGCUGCGCGCUAAGGAGCUGGUUGUUGAGGCAGAGGAGGAGCGGAAAGGGGGGAGUGAGGUCGGGGCUGGGGUGGUUGACAAGAAGCAGGAGGAAGGGGAAAGGGGGCCCGUUGUCAAGAAGAGCUUCGUGGAUUAUACGCGUGACUUCAAGAUGCUGGGGUGGGACGAGUAUUCCGAGGCCCGGGGCGGCUUCAUCAAGAAGGUGGUUGAUAUUGAAGGGCAUCACUUCUCGAUCUUUAAGACUGAGCACCUCGAAGAUGUCACAAACAAGAUCAUCGCGGCGGCAAAGUUCUUGGAUGAGCCGAACUUCUAG